GAUUUAAAAAUUCAAAUAAUGUUUUCCAACAAUCAGUUAAGCGUAGAUUGAAUGUUUUGCAACAAUCGACCAAAUAUUAAAUCCACGUACAUUCGGUAUUAAUUUAGUUAAAAGAAGUGAUUAAGUAGCUAAUCCUUAAUUAAUGAGAAUAUAGGAUCAAUAAUAUCGACAUUUAACUAAUCGGUUUGCUUGAGAAUAUUCGGGAUAAGUUGUUAAAAUGGUGGAAUCGCCCGUAAAAGCGAAAAAUGUUGUCCCAAAGAAAUUUGUUGGAAUCUCGAGUUUAAUUAUAUUUUCGGUUCUGCUUGUGUGCUGGAUCGCCGGUUUUGCAUCCAGAUUGUUCGCUGUUAUCAGAUUUGAGAGUAUCAUCCAUGAAUUUGAUCCAUGGUUCAAUUAUCGAGCUACAGCAUAUAUGGUUCAGCAUGGAUUCUACCAAUUCCUUAAUUGGUUCGAUGAACGUGCUUGGUAUCCAUUAGGUCGAAUUGUUGGUGGAACUGUUUAUCCAGGCUUGAUGAUAACAUCCGGUGGAAUCCACUGGUUCCUUCAUCUUCUUAAUAUUCCAGUACACAUUCGUGAUAUUUGCGUAUUUUUAGCACCAAUUUUCAGUGGUCUCACAGCAAUUUCAACUUAUCUUCUUACCAAAGAACUUUGGAGUCCUGGUGCUGGGUUAUUUGCUGCAAGUUUCAUUGCAAUUGUUCCCGGCUACAUUUCACGUUCAGUCGCUGGAUCAUAUGACAAUGAAGGAAUUGCCAUUUUCGCUCUCCAAUUCACAUAUUAUUUGUGGGUAAAGUCCGUUAAAACUGGAUCAAUCUUCUGGGCUGCAUCUGCUGCUCUCUCAUACUUUUAUAUGGUCUCAGCAUGGGGAGGAUACGUAUUCAUCAUCAAUCUUAUUCCAUUACAUGUUUUCGUUCUUCUAAUAAUGAAUCGCUAUUCUCAUCGUCUUUUUACGAGUUAUACGACAUUCUACAUCCUCGGACUUAUCUUUUCCAUGCAAAUUCCAUUCGUUGGCUUCCAACCGAUUAGAACAAGUGAACAUAUGGCUGCAUCUGGCGUUUUUGUACUUCUUAUUGCUGUAGCUUUAUUGAAACAUCUCCAAACAAUAUUAACGAAACAAGAAUUUAAGAAAUUAUUCAUUCUCGGUGCUCUUGCUGCUGCCGGUCUUGUAUUUUUAACAGUCGUUGGACUUACAAUGGCUGGAUUUAUUGCUCCUUGGUCAGGACGUUUCUACUCAUUGUGGGAUACAGGAUAUGCUAAAAUUCACAUUCCAAUUAUUGCAUCAGUUUCUGAGCAUCAACCAACAACUUGGUUCUCAUUCUUCUUUGAUUUACACAUUCUUGUCUGUACCUUCCCUGUUGGUUUAUGGUACACAAUUAAGAAAAUUAAUGAUGAACGUGUCUUUGUAGUAUUAUAUGCAAUUUCUGCUGUUUAUUUUGCUGGCGUUAUGGUCCGUUUAAUGCUUACAUUGACACCAGUUGUUUGCAUUCUUGCUGGAGUUGCAUUUUCAUGUUUACUUGAAGUAUUCCUUAAAGAGGAUCAACCAGCAACAGCACAAAAGGAAGAAGUUGAGACAGAAGAGCCAGAAAAAGAAAAGAAACUUUAUGAUAAGGCUGGAAAGAUUAAGCCCCGAAAGCACGAAAGUGCCAAGACUGAGAACAAAGGUCUUGGAUCCAAUAUUAAAUCGAUGGUUGUUAUCGCAAUUUUAAUGCUAUUAAUGAUGUUCGCUGUUCAUUGCACGUGGGUCACAAGUAAUGCUUACUCAUCACCAUCAAUUGUUUUGGCAUUUUAUAAUCAAGGCGAUGGAACAAGAAAUAUUCUCGAUGAUUUCCGUGAAGCUUAUUAUUGGCUGUCACAAAAUACAGCAGAUGAUGCUCGUGUUAUGAGUUGGUGGGAUUAUGGUUAUCAGAUAGCGGGAAUGGCGAAUCGGACAACGCUAGUGGAUAAUAAUACGUGGAAUAAUAGUCAUAUAGCACUGGUUGGUAAAGCAAUGUCAUCGACAGAGGAUAAAGCUUAUGAUAUAAUGACAUCACUUGACGUCGAUUAUGUUCUCGUUAUUUUCGGUGGUGUUAUUGGAUACUCGGGUGAUGAUAUCAAUAAAUUCUUAUGGAUGGUGAGAAUUGCAGAAGGAGAACAUCCAAAAGAUAUUCGCGAGAGUGAUUAUUUCACUGAACGUGGUGAAUUUAGAGUAGAUUCCGAAGGUGCACCAGCACUACUCAAUUGUUUAAUGUAUAAAUUAAGCUAUUAUCGUUUUGGCGAAUUAAAACUUGAUUAUAGAGGACCUGCCGGCUUUGAUCGUACUAGAAAUGCCGUAAUUGGAAAUAAAGACUUUGAUUUAACUUACCUAGAAGAAGCUUAUACGAGUGAGCAUUGGCUCGUACGUAUUUAUCGUGUUAAAAAGCCAGAUGAAUUUAAUCGUCCAUCACUAAAGCCAACAAAACGUGCGCUUAGUGACUAUGCAACAAAGAAAGUAUCAAAACGAAGGAAAGGCGUCAUUAAGAAUCGACCAGUUGUGGUGAAAGGAAAGCGGUCGACAAAAGCUAAUUAGAUUAGACACAAAUGUAUCACAUCAAACAGACUUUUUUGCUCCUUAUUUUUCGUUUCAUCUUCUGCCAAAAAAGCCAAUCAAUAAACAAAAAAACAAUGUAGACUUUCGUGGGGAUUUUCAUUAUUUUAUUGGGGGUUGAACGUAAUAUCUAGGAUAAAAGUCAAGUAAUUCCUCCUACAAAAAACAACGCCAAAAGAGAGAAAUAAGUAAAGAUGUCAUCACUCGUGGUUGACUUGAGCGCAUUUUUCAAAUAAAUGUUAAUAACGGUCGAAAAAUAUUUUAAAAUUAACGAUAAAAAAUAUUAAAAAUAGCCGUUAUCUAACGGUUUUAAAACAAAGACCUAACCAAGAAUUGAACAACAGACAACUUGUGGAUUAUAAAAUACGUUCCCUUUAGGGGCCGUUCACUUUUUUCACCACCCCCUUCCCCUCUUGUUACAAUAUGUUACAACUCACAACCCGCCCCUUCCCCCUGAACCCUGAAC